AUGGUUGUCUACAGUUAUGUCUGCCUCGAUGCCGCAACCCAUCUCUCUGAAGAGAUCGAUAAGCCGGAAAUACACGGUGCUGUGUUAUUUCUUCUGAUCUGGCUGGACCUGGUGUUUAUUAGCACUGUUCCGGGUGCCCUUUUGACCACUGGAAGAUUGACGUGGGCAUUCGCCAGAGACGGAGGCCUUCCAUACUCUCCCUUUUUCAGUCGCAUCAGCAGUCGCUAUGAAGUACCAGUGUAUGCUACUCUUCUUAGCACUGCUUUUUGCCUUUUCUUUGGCCUUAUCUACAUUGGUAGCACGGUCGCAUUCAAUACCUCUAUCUCGAGUGCUAUCGUGUUCGCGUUCCUUUCAUACUCCCUACCGCAAGCAUUCCUUCUUCUCGCCGGCCGAGACUCUCUGCCCCAGCGUCAUUUUAAUCUUGGUAAGGUUUUUGGAACUUUGGUCAACUUCCUCAGUGUCGCAUUUGUGGCCUUUUUCUCUAUCCUUUUUUGUUUCCCUUUUUCAAUUCCAACAAGUGUUACGGCGAUGAACUACGUUUCUGUAGUGGCUGUCGCUGCGCUUCUGUUGAUUGCUUCGCUAUGGUGGGGAGCUGGUAAAAAUAGGAGUUUCACGGGCCCUGUUAUGGUUGGAGAUGUAUUACAAGGGAUUGAGCCAGGGCCUCAUGUGGAUGGUACCACAGUUUCUCCCUCGAAGGGCUGGGAUCAAGAUGACUCGGAUUAA